UUAUUAAAAAUUGAGUGGAAUUGCAAAUCCAAAAAAAUGAGUGACAAACCAAAUCAAAAUCCCGGAGAGGGUAUUCGCUCCAUGCGCAGCACCAGCGUUUUUAGACUGAUUAAUUUUGAGCUGUAUACAAAGCCGAACAAAAUUAUAAUGGGUAUAGGCCUGAUAGCCGUAACUGGAGUCUUUGGCUAUAUUGCCUACAUGCGUCACAAGUAUGAAGAUCUUGGUUACUAUGUGGCUGUCAAGGAAAAUGGACGUGAGGAAUUUGUUAAAAAGAAAUCCAAUUGGGAAACAUAAAAGAAAACUUUUUUCUUGAAAUUUUAAAUUUAUUUUUCUUUUUUUGUUUUUACUGUGUAGCACAAUUUGGUACAUGAAUUGAGUCUAUUAUUGUGGUUGCCAAAAAUAUAUUAUAUAAAAAGAAAUCACAAUAGUAAAACAUAUUUUAUCUUGAUUUUGUUUUUGAUAACUUUGAAAAAUUUGCGCACGUAAAGAAAACAGCACUAAACAUUUCAUGUUUCGAUAGCAAAUUAAUAUAUAAGGGGAGGGAGGAAGGAAGUUCGAAAGUACACAGAUUACAGGGAAUCCAGAAAUAAACCAACUCAAUGAGUGUUUCUCGAUAGUUUUGUUUGUUUGUUGUUGUAUCACACAUUUAACAGUUGAUGAUAAUGAUGGCAUUUGGGGAUCGGCUUGGAUAAUUAGGCGGACAAUUUGAGCGCCUUAAGCUCCUCCAGAUAUCUAGCCUCCAUUUCAAUUUUGUUCAACUGGUUUAAUUCCAGGGUUUCGCCUUGACUUUGACGUGACUUGAGCUUCUUUAUGUCGGACAAUUUCUUGGCCACACUGCGAAUCUUGCGAUCCUUGUCGCUAUUAUUGUUGCCGCCGCCGCCGGUUGUGUUGCUGCUGUUAUAGCCACCAACAUUUCCAUUGGCAUGUUGAUGACGCGGUGUGCCAAAUUCAACCGGAUGUUGAUCCUGUUGAGGCUGCUGCUGCUGCUGUUGUUGCAGAUGUCUUGGCAGCUGGCGUUGUUGCCUGUUGGGCGCCUGACGACGCGGCGA